UCCGUACCAAGCAGUACGCGCGACGGCCCGACCGCGGAAAAGCUCAUCAUCCCGCCGAGAGUCCGGCGGCGUCGUCGGAAAAUCGCGUUUCUCGACAGUCGUAGUCGGCACAAUACUAGCUACCACGGUGGCCAACGAUCGUGCCCCGGCCAGCUCCUCCGUCGUAGGGUACGCCGCGCAUUAGCGUGAGCGCCGCUGAAUAACGCGACGACGUAUUGUAACAUUGAAUAAUUGUUUUAAUACAACGUUAAAUAUUGUAAUGUUCCCGUUGCACUGGACUUCACUCGUAUUUUCGUUGUCAUCGUAAUUGACCGUAGUCACUUGAGGCAGCGGGGCGAUAGACGGCAACCACACUGUUGUUCCCGGUUUUCGAUUCAUUUUUCGAAUAUUGUUGUUUUUCAAAAAUUAAAUUUUGGAGUAUUCUCAUACAGGCGAGACCGCGGCGCGGCCGCUUAUACUACGUCUGGACAUGAAGGACGCUGACGAAUGUUGCGGAACCACCGUUUUCGGGUGUUUUCCGGGCGCGAGACGCAAAAAUAAACCGUCAAAGGCGAAAGCGUCGUCGCCAGAACAGCAUCUGGGCGACAGCCCGGGCGGUUCGGUGCAGGCGUUCUACCGGCAAAAUCGUGGCAAGUCUUGCAGGAAAAUCAUGCGGUUCAACGGAUAUCCGAACAAAGUUCUUCUUUAUCCAGAAGAAGGAUGGGCACGGAGUGCAGUUUCGAGCUACUGGACCCUCACGCCAACUUGGUGGAAUCGAAGCAAAUGUAAAGUAGUAGAAGUAACAGGCACUAGAAAGUAUACAACAUUGGCUAAAAUGGUAGAUACCGAUACCGGCAAUCUUUUCAUCGUCGGUUCGUUUAAUAAACGUACUGAUCCAGAUUUUAAAUUAUGCCUUACGUCUAAUGUAAGCACAGCUGACUUCAACAUGGGCUACAGUAUUACCGGUUCGUUGGAGUGUGGAUCAACAAAAAACAACAGUUUUCAAACAACACAUUUUGCCGUUAUUCGGAGAAGAGAUUUUGAUACAAAUCGACCUUAACAAUAAAAAUGUAAUAUAAAAAACUAAAAAAAGGAUUAUUCCGACCAUAAACGUGCAUAUAAGACUAUUCACUAAUUUAUGUAUUUUCAAUCCUAAAUAAUUAAGAAGAUAAUAAUACGUUAAAUGUAUACAAUAGGCAUAAAAACUUACUUUGGAGGGUAGUUGUGUUCAUUUAUAUCUUAAAUGUACUUACGUUAAGGUUUUCGUAGCAGAAAAUAUGAUUUUUUUCAUUAUAAUGAUAUAUAGGUAUUGGUAUGACAAUAUUUUUUGUAGAUAAACACAAAAUU